AUAAACAAGCGGGGGGAUAUAGUACUACCACUACCAGGAGGAGGAGGCGAAAGAGGAAUGGCGUAUGGAAAUUAGAAAAGAAAGGAGUCGGGUGCUUUUGUUAUAUUAAGAGGGGAGAGGAUUGAGAAUUAAAUGAGAAAAGUAGCAGUGGUGGUUGAGUUGCAGUAGUAAAUUGGAGAUUAGCGAUGGGUGAGGGUGAUAGUGGUAGUAGUAGUAGUCAGGGUCAGGGUCCUGUUGUAUCAUUCAAGAUAAACAGGAAAUCGGAAGCCGCUUCCGUUCUCAAAUCUUCAAUUGCCUCAAAGCUCCCUGACUUCCUCUCUGAUUACUCCGACGAAGUUCUCGCUGAAUAUAUAACGGUGCUUGUUUGCAACGGAAAGCAUCAAUAUCAGGCAAGGGAUGAUUUGGAGGCAUUUCUUGGCAAGAAAAGUGCCGAUUUCGUUUCUUGGUUAUGGGGUCUUCUCUUCAAUCGUGCUCGUCAAUCUGAUUCACAGAUUACUAUUACUGCUUUAUCAGAUCCGAUACAUGUUGCAUCUGUCACUACCAAAGAUCCCCAUGCAUUUCCCUCCUCCUUCUCAUUGACCAAAAAGGAAACCUGCAUUCACUCUAUCAAUAAAUCUAAUUCCAAGAUUGUUAAUUGCGAGUCCAAUCCAUUACCAUUACCUAACAGGCAGCUUUUACAACCAAAAAGAGGAAUAAAAACACCCUCUACCUCUACCCAUUUAAAGUCCUCUUCCCCAAUCCCAUGGCCAUCUGAAAACCCUCAUCCCAGACAUAUUUCUGCCCCUAAUGUCACUGGAACAAACCUUUCUGCACAACCCGCAGCUGUGGUAUCCCACCGCAUUGAUAGGCCACGGGGUAGCGUUUGGGAUAGACUGGGCAAGCCAUGUGAUGACAUAUCUCAAGGAAGCAGGACUGUUGAUGUUAGUGGUGUUGUUUUUGUGAAGCAACAGGAGCAAAUACUUAAUGCAAAACUAUCAGUAGUUCCUGUUCCAAAUGGUGAUCAAAGCAGGACCAUCACAGGGGAAGUUACUCGGCUUGGUAACAACCUUUCUGAGACUAGAAAGUUGCCAGAUGUUGUGGGUACAAAGUGUGAUCCUCAUUCUGUGAGUAACAUCAAGCGAAAAAGACACUUUGGUGAAAUUAGUACUGGCCUUGGUGCUGAUUCUGUUCCUGUGGUGGAUGAAAGGAAUUUGGAUCUUCAAUGCAAAGAAAAUACACAGGAUUUCAAGAAUUCAAACUUGACCAAGGAUUCCAAAACCACAACUCCAAACAUGGCUUCAGAAGUUUUAGAUGUGAAGCAACGAUUGCAUCAGAUCGAGAUUGAAAUGUCCAAGCUACGAUCUAGGCGUCUGGCAAUGGAAAAAGAUGGAAAGCCCAAUUUGUUGUUGAAUUCUCGUUCAUCGAGACUUCCAGAAGAAGACAGUGAAAGAACCGUGCUUGUGACAAAUGUACAUUUUGCAGCAACUAAAGAAGGGUUGUCAUUGUACUUUGCCAAAUGUGGGGAGAUUGCCAACUUGGUGAUUUUGAUUGAUGAAGCUACUGCACAACCAAAAGGGUCUGCUUAUAUUACUUUUUCCAGCAAGGAGUCUGUUGACAAAGCAUUAGAAUUGAGUGGGACUACAUUUUUGUCAAGGACUAUAAAGGUGCUGAGGAAGGUAGAAACAGCUGCUUCAACUUCUGGACCAGCCCUGCUUGCUGGGAGGCAGUGCCAAACACCUUUAACUCACAUCAACAGAAAUUUUAUCCCCAACAAACUAUAUUGUUCAAGCUCUCCUCUACAAUGGCGAAGAGUGUCCAUCUCUACCCUAUCAGAACCAUCUGCAGCUUCAACAAAUGAUAAACUGAAAGGAGCUGCGUCAUCUACCUUCCAACAACAGCUUCCUAGUUCAACUGCAUCAUUGAGAACCAGUGAAGUAAAGUCUUUGUCUAGAGUGCACCCAGCAGCUUCCUAAUUUUUCUGAAAAUCAUAUAAACUAAUUGGUUGCAAAGCCUUGAAUCUGUUGAGGGAUCAAUGUCUCUUUAGUGGGAUAGUAGUGACCUUAGUAGAUGCUGACAAUAAUGUGCUAGUAGUUGGAUUCUGGAGUUUGAUGAGCAUCCGCUUAAUUUGAAAGUCUAGUUAACCUUUGAACCGAAGAUUAAAAUGAAUUAAGAUGCAAAUUUCUUAUCUUC